AUGUAUUGCUUGUCGACCACGCACGUAGCCAUGGCCCUGGAAGUUUGCCUCAUCGCGUUUUUCAAGGAGCACUCGAUUGAGGGAGGGCUCACCAUCUUCAACGACCAAGGCAAUCCGUUGAUCUGGGGGGAAAUUUGCAUCGAGCUGAUCAACUGCUUGAUCGGGGACGGCAUUGUGUGCUGGCGGACGUACGUCCUAUACGGCAGGAACUGGCGUAUCCUCGUCUUCCCUGUCAUAUGCAUUAGUGGUGGUACCGCGGCCGGCAUCGGCAUGAUCAACGCGCUGUCCAGGUCCGAAAUCGGGGCCCAGGUUUUCGCGGGCGACAUCACCAACUGGUUCGUGGCGUUCGGUGUCCUGACAUUCCUCGCGAACCUGUACUCCGUGGGGAUGAUCACAUACAAAGCAUGGACGAAUGCGCGGCUGAUGAAAGGCCUCCAUGUCAACGUUGGCAGUGGCUCCCGGUACUGGGGCGCGCUUCUUCUCAUCAUCGAGUCCGGCGCGGUGUACUGUGUGGCGCUUGUGACAUCUGACGCGAGCCUUCGAACAUCGCACACAGGAGGUAGAUGUGGUGGGUUCCUUGGAUGGCUUUUGGACUUCUUCCCUCGGCGGGGCCGUCUUCGUGAUGGCCGGCGGCGACCUUGGCAGUUCUCCACAGCGGUCUCCCGCAGUGCGCACCUAACUGUCCGCUAUCCCCCCUCACCUCGCAGCACUCCACACCCUCUUCCGACAGCAACCCACCAUCCGGCCUCUUCCAACGACAUGUCAUCGCCAGAUGCCUCUGCCGAACCUCCAGGGCGCCAUCCCAAGGCGUACGUGCGCGAGGCGCGCCGCGAGGAGCUCCCCGCCGUUAUCGAGUGCCUGACGCGCGCCUUCGCGGACUGCCCCGCCAUGAACUGGUACGGCUCGGUGGGCGCGCUCGUCACGGACGUGAACGCGCAGGACCCCGCCACGGUGCGCACGAUGGGCAACCUGCGCCACUUCCAGCGGGCGAUUGCGGUCGCGACGAUGCUCUCCAACGGGGUGGUUACUGUCGUGUGCAUUCCGGCGGACGACGAGGGGCAGGGCGAGCGGGAGGAGGAGCCAGCCGAGUCGAGGGGCAAGAAAAAGGCGAAGGCGAAGGCGACGACGACGCUCGUCGACGGCGAAAACGGUCGCGAGCACGUGGUCGCGGCGUCGCUCUGGCUCCGGCCCGGACAGACGUUGGACAUGGGGCCCCUCCUCCUCCUCCGCGUCGGCAUCCACAAGCUCGUGAAGGCCUGGGGCCUGACGGGGAUCAAGCGAGUUCUCUUCGAGUUCACUCCCAAGGUCGAGCAGGCACUGGAGCGCGCCUUCUCUGCGAAAGGGCUUGACCGUCUCGACUCAUGGCAUCUGCUUGAGAUAGUCACUGAUCCCGAGCACGAGAAUAGAGGAUACGCAUCGAUGCUCAUGAAGGACGGAUUCAUUCGCACUUCGCCCAAACCAGUCCAUCUCGAGGCCGCAGAUCCCCACUGCCGCGAUAUCUACCUCCACUAUGGCUUUGAGAUAAACGAGGAACACACGUACGGUAUCGGUGAUGUCAACGACAUCGGUAUCAAAGCGAAGGGCGCCGCUGCGACUGGAUAUCCUGAAUGGAUUAUGACGAAGGUGAAUGCCGACGACCGAGACCUUUUCUCGACAGCUUUUGAUCGCUUUUUUUGA